CAGUUAAUAAUUAAUAGUGUAAAACAGAGGCGUUGGCAGAGCAGGUGGGUGCACGAUGGGAUCACCGUUGUGGUGCUCGUGUUUUUUGUUAAUGAUCAUGGCUAGUAUUAGUAUGGCUCAAGCUCAAAAUACUACAGACCCAGCUGAAGCUCGUAUUAUAAAUGCAAUGUUCAGCAAUUGGGGGAUAGAACCAAGUGUUGUAACAAAUAUGGGAUGGAACAUAAGUGGAGAACUAUGCAGCGGUGCUGCAGUGGACUCAACAGACUAUGAUUCGGAUGCUUAUAACCCUGCCAUCAAAUGUGACUGUAACUUCCCUGAUUCCAUUUGUCACAUUACUCGAUUAAAAGUUUAUGCUUUGGAUGCUGUUGGCCCGAUCCCAGAAGGACUCUGGAAUUUGACUUACCUCACCAAUCUUAAUCUGGCCCAGAAUUACCUUACAGGCCCCUUGUCACCUUCAAUCGGAAAUUUAACUCGGAUGCAGUGGCUGACUUUCGGCAUCAAUGCAUUAUCAGGGGAAAUUCCUCCAGAGCUAGGACUCCUUACUGAUCUUAGAUCGUUGUCAUUUGGCACAAACAACUUCAAUGGUUCCCUGCCAUCCGAACUUGGAAAUCUGCGAAGAUUACAACAAAUUUACAUUAAUAGUGCCGGAGUUAGCGGUGAUAUACCUUCUUCAUUUGCAAAUUUACGAAGCCUGGUCACAGUAUGGGCUUCCGAUAAUGCAUUCACAGGAAGAAUACCCGACUUCAUAGGAAAUUGGACACAGUUACAGUCAUUGAGGUUUGAGGGGAACUCUUUUGAAGGUUCGAUACCACCUUCCUUUUCUCAACUGACCUCUUUGCAGGAGCUGAGAAUAACUAGUUUAACCAAUGGUACUCUGGAUUUUAUUGCAAACUUGAAGUCCCUGACUGUUCUAGUUUUGAGGAAUAGCAGAAUUACUGGCUCUAUUCCAACUGACAUCGGUGAAUAUCAAAAUUUGACACGCCUGGAUUUGAGUUUCAACAAUUUAACGGGGCAGAUUCCAAGAGACUUGUUCAACUUGAGUCAAAUCACCUUCUUGUUUCUUGGAAACAAUAGCUUGAAUGGUACCCUUCCCAAUGUAAAGAGCAGAUCUCUCAUCAAUAUCGAUUUGUCAUACAAUGAAUUAUCCGGGACACUUCCUUCUUGGAUCAAUGAGUCAAGCUUACAACUUAACUUGGUUGCAAACAACUUCACAUUAGAAGGUUCAGAAAUCAGUGGUCUUCCAUCAGGAUUGAACUGUCUGCAAAGGGAUUUUCCAUGUGAUCGUGGAUCACCAAGAUAUAGUAACUUUGGAGUUAACUGUGGUGGUCCUCAAAUUACAUCUUCUAAUCAAAUUGUUUAUGAGCGGGAUAACGAACCUCUUGGGCCAGCAACGUACUAUUUAACUUCUGAAAGGAGAUGGGGUGUCAGCAAUGUUGGACAAAGAGACAACCCAGCAUAUACCACAUCCAGUUUGCGCCAGUUCACAAACACCUUAGACUCGGAACUGUUUCAAACAGCGCGAAUAUCAGCCGGAUCUUUAAGAUACUACGGUUUAGGCCUACAGAACGGUAACUACACUGUGAAUCUCCAGUUUGCAGAACUACUUAUAGAAGAUGGCCAAACUUGGAGAAGCAGAGGAAGGCGUGUCUUUGACAUAUAUCUGCAGGGAAACUUGGAGUUUCAAGAUUUCAACAUAAAACAGGAAGCAGGUGGAGCCUCGUUUAGUCCUGUUACAAAGACAGCAACUGUCCAGGUUUCAAAUAACUACCUUGAGAUACACUUAUUCUGGUCUGGGAAAGGAACUUGUUGUGUGCCUAAUCAAGGAACCUUUGGACCUCUUAUCUCAGCAAUCAGUGCUACCCCAAAUUUCACCCCCACUGUGAGCAACAAUCCACCUUCAAGAAGUAAGACGAAUAGGACCGGUUUGAUUGUAGGGAUUUUGGUCCCGAUUGUGGCUGUAUGCUUUCUGUCAUUAUUAGCCUUAUAUAUUAUUCGCCAGCGUAGGAAAAAGCAGGAUACCUCCGACAAUUAUGAAGAGUUUUUGGGAAUUGAUGCUAAACCAUAUACCUUUAGUUAUGGAGAGCUAAGAGAUGCAACAGGUGAUUUUAGUCCUGAAAAUAAGCUUGGCGAGGGAGGUUUUGGACCUGUUUAUAAGGGAAAACUAGACGACGGGAGACUAAUAGCUGUUAAGCAGCUCUCUAUUGCCUCUCAUCAGGGAAAGAAUCAGUUUGUGGCUGAAAUUGCAACUAUAUCUGCGGUCCAACACCGCAACCUAGUCAAGUUGUACGGAUGCUGCAUUGAUGGAGUGAAACGGCUUCUUGUGUACGAGUAUCUCGAGAACAAGAGUCUUGAUCAAGCAUUAUUCGGAGACAACAGCUUGUCUCUUAGCUGGUCCACCCGGUUUGAAAUAUGCCUUGGGGUAGCACGUGGUCUUGCAUAUCUGCAUGAGGAAUCUCGAAUUAGGGUUGUACACCGAGAUGUUAAAGCUAGCAACGUUCUACUUGAUUCUGAACUGAUCCCCAAGAUCUCCGAUUUUGGUUUGGCCAAACUCUAUGAUGACAAACAAACACACAUGAGUACACGCGUUGCUGGCACAAUUGGGUAUCUCGCACCAGAGUACGCCAUGCGUGGACACCUUACAGAAAAGGCUGAUGUGUUUGGCUUUGGAGUUGUAGCUCUAGAGAUUAUUAGUGGAAGGUCUAAUUCAGAUUCAACAUUAGAAGAUGAGAAAAUAUAUCUUCUGGAAUGGGCAUGGAAUCUGCAUGAAGCCGGUACCGAACUUGAGUUGGUAGAUGAAAAGUUAUCAGAAUAUGACGAAAAUGAAGUAAGAAGAGUGAUGAAAGUAGCCCUCUUAUGCACCCAAACCUCACCAAUGCAACGUCCAUCAAUGUCACGAGUAGUGGCAAUGCUUUCAGGAGACAUACAAGCUACUGGUGCUAUUUCUCGGCCUGAAUACCUCACUGGCUUUAACUUUAAGGAUUCCACAACCUUUCAAAAUGAUCCACCGAUUUCGACUACCAAUUCAGCUGCAAGUACAAGUCACUCCACUGGUACACCACACUCGCCUAACAAUAUUUCCAGACCGAUGCUUCAUGAUAUCAUUGGAGAAGGUAGAUAAUAUCGAUGGCAAAUACAUGGUGUUGUCCUUUUGUGUGUAUACUUUGUAAAUAAUUUAUGAGUCUUGUAUUAUUUUUGUUUGGAAUGUAGAAACAAUAGAAGUACAUAAUAAGCAUCUUGAUUGAGGAAACUAAAUUUUGAUUGUAAUUUGAUUAUUUAAAAGAUUGCUGAAUAGAUGUGCAAUUUAUAGAGUA